CAUAGGACUACCUACUCCGUACUGCAGGCGAAGAACUUGGAUCCCGUCAUCAUACCUCACUGGGCAAUCCAAAGCUGCAGCAAUCAUGCAGAGCAUGUCAGGUUACGGGCCAGGGGCUUUUGGUCGCAACUCCCACGUUCCAGCAUGCCUCGAAUGUCGGACGCGCAAAGCCAAGUGUUCGAAAACACAACCUUGCGGGUCAUGCACCCGGCACAACCGGAAAUGCGUGUAUGCGUCCAAAGUUCAUCGGACACCUCUAACACGCGAGCACCUCACAGCCGUUGAAAACCGACUACAUCUUCUCGAAGCAGCGCUCGGUGGGCUAUUCCCUGACGGAGAAAUGCAGGAAAUCAGCCGUGAAUUGCUCCUCGAGGAGUCACCUGGGGACCGCAUGUCGUCGAAUGCAGACAACGAAUGGAUAUCUGCUGACAAUACACUAUCCUAUGAUCCUCUUGUGUUCGAUGAUCUUCCUAACCCUACUCAGUUUAUGGCACCGGAAUUUGACUCCUCGCCAGUGGAUGCCGACAAUUGGUCAGCACCACAGGCUGAUACGAUAGCAGCCCCUGAAGAGGAAGCGAAAUUCGUCGAUAUUUAUUUUGCUCAUUAUAAUACUGUCUAUCCUAUGCUGCAUGAGGAGACAUUUCGAUUAGUGCAGGGAGGCCAGUCAGCACCACCGCAUUGGCCGGUGCUUGCGAAUAUGGUUCUAGCUCUCGGGGCCUGGCUAAGCGUCGAUGUACGCGAGGAACUGGAUCUCACAUAUUUCGCUAGGGCAGAGCAACAUUUCCAGAAAAUAUCCAUGGGCAAUCGGGGGAAUCUCAUCUUGGUGCAAGGGUUAGUUCUGCUGAGUGAAUUUGCCCAAAAGCAAGGCAGUCCUGAGAAAAGCGGGCGGUAUGUUGGAUCUGCGGUCCACAUUUCCAUUGGUCUCAACCUACAUGUUGAGACCCAAGACUCGAAGACCAGCGAGCUGGACAGAGAGAUUCGCCGCCGGGUCUGGUGGAGUGUCUACUGUGCAGAAAGCUGCUCUGCGAAGAUUUACGGGCGACCGCUUUUACUGCCGGAGGAUACUCUGAUCACUGUCAGGCCUGUUUCGAAUAUCCACGAGAACACUCUUACAUCCUCCAGCACAACAUUCCCUCCUCAGUCUGACGAAUCGACCAUCUACACCGGAUUAAUACAGCAGUCCAGCUAUCAUCGAAUGGCCAACAAAAUAUACCGCCAUCUUUUGUCCUCUCCUAACGUCACGGCACAAGAUGUCCAAGAAGCGGAUGAGAUGAUAGACACCUGGCACAAAGGAUCCUCUCUUUGCCUCCAAGUAACCAACCCAUCAUCAGCUCCAGAAUGGUACUUCAUCGCGCGUCGACGCCAAGUUCUCUGCGACCGGAGCCUCCGUCUGCUCGUUCACAGACCGCUGCUUCUGAGAUGGUUACGAAGAAAGUCCAUUGACGGAGAAACGUCAACAGCUGACCAUUCAUCCGAACUCCACUGCCGAGCUCAGGGUCUCGCGAUCGCUCGCACCACUAUCGAUAUGAUCUCCGAUUUAAUAGCGACUGGCCGAUCCUCUAGGCUAACCCUCUCAUUCACUCUAUACGCGCUUUUCCACGCCCUCAUCGUUCCUCUCGUCUAUAUCAAGGCGAACCCAUCAUCUCCAGAAUCCAUCUCCUGCGUACAGGACAUCGAAAAGGCAGGCUCGGCAUUGCAAUAUCUUCCUGAACAUAUGGAUGCAUUGUCCAAUUAUUUCAUGGUGGCUUUACGCCGACUUGCCUGCGUGUCCUCCCAAGCAGCGAAGCAGCACGAAGGGACAACGGAGGGCAAAAGAGCAGUGAAGCCACAUGACGUUCGAUCUUCGGUCAGUGAUAUUUUCGGUAAUCAGGAGUUGGAGCUCCUCAAGAGUGGAGAUCUACGCUCGUCUCCGCGUCUUGAUUUCUCGGAAUGGGUGCACUCGUAGUUGGAUGAUUGGGGUGAUUCUCAAAUCUGUGUUCAGCAAAAGCGCGUGGCUUGCUUCGGUGACUGUUGAAGAUUAUCCACCUGUUCAUGUAAAUAGUGAUGUUCUGGAAUUAAACGCAAAGUGCGCU